ACGAGGGGUAGGAGGAGGUUGGCGACCUCAACUGCGGCGGAAUGAGGGCGGCGUUGACUAUCUUCAUAAACUCGUGAUAAUUGAGGAGUUCCAAGUGUCAUUUAGAUCAUCCUGUGGCAAAGUUCUUUGGUGAAUGUACAAACCUAAAAAUAAAACUUGAUCGCUGCUUCUGGCAGGAGUCUUUCUGUCAUCAAAUUAAAAACAUGUUGAGACUCCGUAGCCAUAACAAUUUGACUUCCAUUUCCAAGAUCAGUAAUACCAAUUUCAAGCAAAUUCAUUGGAUCCAUCACCUCAUCAAGAAGCAACAAAUACUUCUUGUUCUUCAACUCAUCCAGAAAAGUCUAGCAACUACAACCGGAUUGACAAUGCCCUCAAUUUUCGGUCCAAGUCUGCUCACAUUGUUUCCCUGCAAUUUUUCCUCCCUUCCCUCCUUGGAAACCCUAACAUAUGUCACCAUGUCAAACAACUGUCCACCUUCUUCAAAGUUAUUCAAGUUCUGCAUUGUGGCCCCUUUAUCCUCUACAAUUGAACCCCAAAUCCUUAUUCUUCUCAAAUUCUAUUCUCUCAACAAAUCCAGUGUCUUUUCCAAUGAUCUCAAAAGCACAGGACAUCUUAUAUCUGGUGCAUUCAGCCUGAGAACAUGCCCUGGAGAUGGUCGCUUGCUUGCUUCUUGUGGUGCAAUACUUGCAUCUUGUCCUUCAUCAUCACUUGACUUGGUCAAAUCAACAAUGGAUAAGAACUACGAAACUGUCGUGGCAAUGACUGAGGAAGAGAUUAUUCAGGGUAACCCCGGCUUACCUCUUGUGAAGGUUGAUUCCUCUCUGUCCUCAUCUUCAGCUACAGCAGCACAGUACAGGAGUCACCAAGCACCCAUUUAGUAAUGUGUGAUUUGAUUUUUGCUGCCUUCUUACUGGGACUGAUUCACCAACAAUCGACAAGAAUAUAACUAAUCUAAACAU